UUGAGAGCUUGAAUAUAUUAACAAAUACAAACUAAAAAAAACACAUGCAUUGAUCUAAAACAACAAAAAUGUCAAAAAAUCCGUGCACAGGCGUGCUGAAGCCCUUGCCGAUCUAUCAGAAGUUAAUGGUGGACAACCUGACAGUCAUACGCCCGCCCAUACUCAAGUUGUACUAUUGGGAGAGUUUCAAUAUAACUGGACUCAACAAGAAACUCCGAUCGAACAAGCAGGAGCAUGAGCAUGUCCUGGCGGUUCCAUUGCGUCAAAUACAAAGCCAGCCCCUGAAGAUGAUCUUCUGGCUGCGCAACAUGUCCGCCAAGCCGCUGGAAUUGAAAUUGAAACGCAUUCAGAAUUGCCAGUGCCAGCCAUUGCAAACUCGCGUGGGCUUCAAUCAGUUCCGGCAACUCUUCCACUGCCCGCAUCGCCGGCUCAUACAUAUUAGCCAGGAGCAGCUCAAUUUACGGCCGGAUGAGGUGCUACCUCUCACAGUUACCGCUCAUUUUUUUCUUUAUGGCGAACACUACCUUACCUAUGAAAUCUACACUGGGGACAAUCGCAAAUUUGUGUGGAACUUCAAGCUGGAAAUCACAGCCUUUGAUCCAGAGCGGUGUCUGCUUACCAAGGAGCUAUUGCCCAUAAAUAUUAAAAACUUUUAUCAUGUGACCCAACCGAUUUGGGUCCAGAACAUAACCAUGACACAUCUGGCAUUUGCCUUCUCCUCGCGCGAACGCAGCUUCAAGCUGCACAACUCAAAUCUGACUGUGCCCAGGCAAAGUGUUUGGCCCCUGCUGGUGGAAUAUCGACCAUUGGACUAUGAGAAUGACAUUGAGCUGAUGCUGACAUAUGAGAACUCCAAGGCGCGGUAUAAGAUCAAGGCCCGUGGCACUACUACAGACGAUAAUGAGAUAACAGAUAUGCCGCUCAAGGACAGAGAAUCCUCUGAGUAUCUUUACAUUAUAUAUCCGAAUCGUUUAAACUUUGAACUGUGCAUGAAGGAGAAUCGCACACAGCUCGUCAAUGUGCACAACUAUGGACAAAAAUGCAUGGAGUUUCGCUGGCAAAACUACAUUAUCAGCGAUUUCUUUGCAGUCACAUUUGAACCAUCUGUUUUUCGACUGAAGGGCCAUCAUUCGAAACUCUGCGAGAUAAAGGUAAGCGUCUUCGACCGGCUCAUCUUCUUUCGCCGCAUACCCAUUGUGCUGGAGGUGCAUCGCAUACUUGAUCCCGCCACGCUUAUAGCCAAGGCUGAGUUGGCCGAAAUCGAGUCCAUAGACGAUCCCAAGUGGAAGGAAGAUAGCUACGUGGAGCACGCUUUUCUACACCUCAACAUACGUGUCCAUAUGCAAAAUAACGAGGAUAGGCAAGACGAUAACAUGUACGAUAUCGAUGGCACCUGCGCACCAUGUGGCGGCGUGGGCAUUGAUGCGGGCGCCGGCGGAGAUGGUUCGCCCGUUGAGCUAACCGAGGAACAGCAGAAGCAGGCGGAACGCGAGGAGCUGAUCAAGCGUUUGUCCAUGAAACGCAAGCUGAAUGCAAAUGAAAUCAUUGAACUAAGUAUGGCCAUCGAUCACCGUAUUACCAUAUUCGAGAAACUCUUCUGGAAAAACCUAUCCAAGUCGAAUUUUAUGCGCAUUAACCCGGAACGAACACGCAACAAAUUCAACCAGACCUAUGACCAAGUGGUGGUUGUGGAUAACGCUCCGAGUCCCCUCGAAAAUCUGCGUACAAACGUGGACCACAAGAUAUACAAGUCACAUUCUGUUACCAAAUAUUAAGUGCUUUCUUAUUAUAUUACUAUCUUAUACUUCGAUAGUCGAAAGUAAUUAACUUGUACAAUAAAAUUAUUACAAUAUCAAAAGUCUGAUAUCUGUGCUAGAAGAGGCGCACCACUGUUCAGGCAACACAAAAUUUGCUACAUUAAGAGGAGAAGAAGAAGAAGCGGAAGAUGAAGCGACACAACAAUAACAAAAGCUGCAGCGCCGAAUGCGCAGGUACAGCAGCCCCAGCAGCGGCACUAACAGCGUCAGCAGAAGCAGAAGCAGAAGCGCACUCGCUGCAACAGUCAGUCAACAAUAUAACGGUACUGCACAUGCUCUUCGCUCUGUAAAUUAGUUGCUCUCUCUCGCUCAAUCACGCUCCAACACUUAGCCGAAUACCCUACAUUUGGAUAGAAAACAUAAACAAGGAAAUGCAGCGACGACGACGAUGACAACGAAACAGAUUGCGGUAGGUUCUCUGCUAGUGAGGAAGGAGAGAUAGAGAGAGAGCGCAAGAGAACGCCGGCCGCACAUCAGCAACGAGCCAACGUUGGGCCAACAGUCAAAAAGGCACCCAAACAAACAGUAAAACCAUCGCGCACACGCACACGCACAAGCACACACACUGGCGCCAAGGAUUUGCAAGCAUAGAACGGCAGCUGACUGAGCUGCGAGCGAGCGGCGGGCAAAUGAGCCGAAAGCCGAGUGGCGACUGCACCAGGCAAGAAGCUCAACUUGACAUCAUUUGUGUCAAAAGACCAUUGAACUCUGUGCGGGGGAAGUUGUGCCUCCUCUACACUCCGCCCCCUUCAAAUCGUAGCAUGCUCUGUGCAUUGUUUUGUUGCUGUUGUUGCGGCUCUCUAUGUGGCGCAAGCAGCAAGUGUUUACAUGCAAAUACAUAUAAACACAUACUCAAUAUGUAUGCAUGUGUGUGUGUGUGUGUGUGUGUGUGCGUAUUGCUAUAAUCUAUACGAAGGCAACUGCGCCCGCAAAACUGUGCAGAACACAGUAAUUACAAUAAUUCACAUUUUUACCAGUCGCCUUAUAACUGUGGACUCUUUUAUGAUUGUCUCUCAAUAAACAUAUUAAUAUUAA